AUUGAUAAAGAGGAGUGAAGGCAAGGCAACAUACCCCCACUUUCCACCACUCUGCUCUCACAAAUGGCUUCUUCUCGCCAACUCCUCUCUCUCAUUCUUCGCAUUUCUACUCUGUUAACAUUCUUCUUCACUUCCCCAUCUCAUUCUUCGUCAGAUGUUUUUUCUGGUGUUUCAGUUUCAUCAGUUGAUCCCAACAGAGUUACUCUGUCUGUUUACUAUGAAACUCUCUGUCCAUAUUGCUCCAACUUCAUUGUACGUGACUUGCUGAAAAUCUUUGAAAAUGGACUCAUUUCAAUAGUUAAUCUCAGGAUGAUCCCUUGGGGCAACGCUGUGCUCAGACCAGACAAAACCUUCCAAUGCCAGCAUGGCCCUGCUGAAUGCGUACUUAAUACUGUGGAAGCCUGUGUCAUCAACAUCUAUCCUCGUGUGGAUAUGCAUUUCAGAUUUAUUUACUGUGUUGAGUAUCUAGCCUUGGAGGGAAAGCAAGCUGAGUGGGCUUCUUGUUUUGACAGAUCACAGCUUGGUAAGGUGCCUAUUGACUGCUACACUAGUGGAUAUGGAAACCAGCUGGAACUCAAAUAUGCUGAAGAAACUGCACUUCUUAAUCCUCCUCAUACAGGUGUGCCAUGGGUUGUAGUGAAUGAUCAACCACUGAAAGAGGACUACAACAACUUUGUAGCAUAUGUCUGCAGGGCUUAUAGAGGCGGUAAUGUGCCAGAGGCUUGCAGGUCAUUUCAGCUUAACAUCAAUUCGACUGUGGAGGAAAAUCCAAUCAAUCCACUUUGCUAUGUUAAUGAGGCAAAAAACUUGACCACUUCAUCUCCAGGAAAGAAAAUCACAAAUUUGUAAUAAGCUUUAUGGACAUGCCCAAAUGAGGAUUACAAGAUUCUGCAUCAGCUUUUGCUCAAUCUGCUGCUGCUAGUCUGCUAGCCUAUUACAGAUAUAAAAAAUAAUGGGCGGGCCAACUUAUAUGACUCAUUCAGAUUGCCUUACAUUUGAAAAGGAAGUGAUACUGUUGAAAUGUUAUAGAUUGUAGGUUCUGUAAACAUGGUUGAGUUAUAAUACAAAUGGUUCUAUGAA